CAUACUUCAUCUUUUUCAGGCGUCAACUCGGGAUUUCAGGUAGAACAUAACAGUGGCAACAUUACCGCUAAUUUCCAUGCACAUUCUGAUCAUUUUGAAACAUCAGAAAAUCGAAAUUGCCUUCGGGCUUUACAUCAAACUGAUCCUCGCCUUGAUAAACGCCGCAUCCAAAAAGCGAAAGGUGGUUUGCUGAAAGAGGCAUAUCGAUGGGUAUUCCAAAAUGCAGAAUUCCAAAGAUGGCGUUAUGAGGAAGAAAGUCAACUCCUUUGGGUCAAAGGUGACCCUGGAAAGGGCAAAACUAUGCUCCUGUGUGGAAUCAUAGACGAGCUUACGAAGUCUUCCCUCUCUUCUGGGACCACUGUUAUCUUCUUCUUCUGUCAGGCAGCAGACGCUCGGAUAAACCACGCUACCGGUGUUCUUCGUGGGUUAAUCAGUAUGCUUGUUGAUCGACAUCCGUCUCUCACCUCCCAUGUGCGGCGCGAGUAUGAUAGGGGCGGGAUCGAUGUCUUUGGGGAUGAAAAUGCCUGGUAUGCGCUGCUCAGGAUCUUUACAAACAUUCUCCGGGACCCAUUGUUGCGGGCGACAUACUUGAUAAUUGACGCCCUGGAUGAAUGCACCACAGGCUUGAAUAAUCUUCUUGAUUUCAUCGUUGAGGAAUCGGCCUUACAUCCACAUGUGAAAUGGCUUGUUUCAAGCCGUAAUUGGCCUUCAAUUGAACAGACUCUUGAAAGUGCAACCAGAAAGGAAAGACUCUGGCUUGAACUCAACCAAGCCUCUGUUUCUGAGGCUGUUGGCUUCUAUAUUCACAAACAGGUUGACGCGUUGACGAAAAAGCAAAAAUACUCCGAUGAAAUCCGGGAUGCUGUUCUUCAACAUCUUUUAACGAACGCACAUGGCACCUUUCUUUGGGUAGCCCUGAUCUGCGAGGAACUUGCCAAAUUUGACGUUCCGAGAAUGGCUUUUCGCAGGAAGUUGCAAGAAUUUCCUGCUGGUCUUGAUCAGCUGUACCAACGGAUGUUGAAUCAAAUAGGCGACAUUGAGUAUUCUGAGCUGUGCAAAGCUAUACUUGGUAUUAUCACGAUCGUGUAUCGUCCUAUUACUUUAGAUGAGCUGGUUGUCUAUAUUGAACUCCCUCGAGACGUCCAAUUUUCGGACCUAGAUGAGAUAAUAGGCCUCUGUGGCUCCUUUCUCACGCUCCGAGGGUCUACAGUUUCUUUAGUUCAUCAAUCUGCCAAAGACUUCCUUCUUCGAAAUGCAGUCGAUCAGAUCCUCCCUCGCGGAGAGGAAGUUGUGCAUUAUGAGAUUUUUUCGAAGUCAUUAUACGCUAUGGCUAAUACGCUUCAGCGUGAUACCUAUGAUUUGUCACAUCCCAGAUACCUCAUUGACCAGGUCAAGCAGCCAGAGCCUGACCCAUGGGCGGCAGUAGGCUACGCGUGCUUUUAUUGGGUCGACCAUCUCGAAAUGUGCUCUAAUCAGUUCUGUGCAAAUAUUUCCGAUGAUUAUGCGAAAGGCGGUGCAAUCAUGCGUUCUUUGGCAAUAACUACCUUUAUUGGCUUGAAGCCAUCAGCCUGA